AUGAUUUUAUACUUCUUGGCUUGCUUUUACGCACUUGCAAAUUUUGCUGCCACAGCAUCUCCAAGCGCCGAUGCAGCCUUGGCACCCCCAGUUUCUUCUCCUCGUUUACUACUACAACAAAGGGAAGCUUUGAUUCGAAGAACGGGACGUGUCGUUCACCUUGACCUUGAGCGCAUUGAGCGACCGAGACCGAGACGCAGGGAUGAAGUGGAGGCUGGCGCACAUGAUAAAAGCAGUAUUGGUCUUGGUGACGCACUUGACAUAACUUAUAAUGUUCUCGUGCAAGUCGGUAAUAUAUCUGUGCCACUGGUCCUAGAUACAGGUUCAGCGGAUCUCUGGAUCCUUUCUGACAGCUGUACAACAUGCUCUGUGUCCCCCUUCCCCCUUUAUCCCUCCCAGGGCCUCGAACGAGUCGCUGAUGUGAAACUACGAUACGGAGAUUCGCGGACAGGAACGCAUGCUACUGGCGUAAUUGGCGCAGAAAAGGUUGGAGUGGCCGGGUUUAUUAUCGACAAACAAUUCUUUGCGGCGAUAAAUGAUACGAAUACGACUAUCCAGGAGACAGGUUCUGUCGGGAUAUGUGGUCUUGGAUUUCCUGUUAAUAGUCUACUGUGGAACGAGUUAUACACGAUGGCAGCUAUUAACUCGGGCUCACCAGCAAACAUGCGGCGAACAUUACCAAUUGUGGACACCUUGUCCCGCCCACAGACGUUUCCGAAUGCCCCUCUCUUCCCACCACUGCAGAAUCGAGCUGCAGACGAGGAUAUUACUGGAGGUAGCUCAAUAUCUGGUCAAGUCGACAUUUUGUCGUCGUUCAAUACUUAUGGACCAUUCGUCUCGAGACUCAUUCUCAAUAAUUCAUCCAAUCACGACGGUGGAACCGAGGAUUCUUCGGGAUUUCUCGCUUCUCCACAGUUUUCCGUUACACUUCAACGAACGAUCCCGUCGCUGAGCGGUAAUGUAGGAAUGUUUACCCUUGGUGGCCUUCCAGAUGGCGUCGAUAAUGCAUCGUUGACUUGGAUGCCUGUAAGGCGAUAUAAAAAGGAACAAAAUGGUGUUUUUGUUCCACAAGCGCCAGACGAAGUGUACCCAUACGCGUGGGACGUCCCGCUCGAUGCUAUUUAUUUUGAUGGCGUGCGUUUAAAUGGAAGUACGCUUGGUGACAUUAGGCUUGAGGAUGUGGGGCAAAGUGCGCUCGUCGAUACGGGCAAUUCGCUCAUCCGAGGUCCUGCAGAUAUUAUUCUUGCCAUUCUGUCGAUCCUUGCAAAUAGCUCGUCCUCUACCGCACCGUUCUUGCGUUCGUCUCAGGUGGCCGGGUCCGAUUAUUCGGAACAAGAGUAUUCUGAUUUCACGGAGAAUUUCGACUCAUUUGCGUAUGCGUAUCCCUGUGCUGAAGCGCAUCUUCUCUCUUUUGAGUUCUCCGGAAGGCAGUUUCCUGUUGAUCCGAGAGACUUUGGGAGACCUAUGGGCGAUCGGGAUGCAUAUUGGUGUGUGCCGAAUAUUGCACCGACUGACCCUCCGAAAGUAGGAAACUAUUUGUAUAGCUGGAGCCUUGGGGAACCGUUCGUUCGUGGGGUUCUUGCAAGCUUCUACUAUGGCAAUUUGACACAUCCUUCGUUCGAUCCGCCACGCAUUGGAAUUCUGUCAACAGUCCCCGAAGACACCGAGCUCCGCCUUGCUGGAGCCGUGCAAUCUGCAGCAAGUGUUGGAGGUUUCCCUGGUAUGCUCGUUAUUCAGUAUAUUGCACGUCAAUAA